AUGUUUAAAACUAUAGCAUUAAGCUAUAGAUUGGGGGAGAGAACAGUAUCAAAUAUUGUAAAUGAAGUAUGUGCAGCUCUGUGGCAUCGUUUACAACCCUUCUACAUACCUGCACCAACAGUGGAAACUUGGAAAAAUAUUGCCUUGGAUUAUGAGAGAAAAUGGCAGUUUUAUAACUGUUUGGGUGCAGUUGAUGGAAAACAUAUCACCAUUCGGAAACCACUUCUUAGUGGGUCUUCUUUCUACAACUAUAAGCAAUAUUUUUCCAUUGUUUUGAUGGCGACUGUGGAUGCAAAUUAUCGUUUUACAACUAUAAAUGUGGGUUCUAUGGGUAGGUUUAGCGAUGGAAACAUUUUCGCCAAUUCCUCGUUAGGGAAAAUGCUAAACAGUGGGUCUUUACAAUUGCCCGAACCAAAACCGUUACCCGGGCAAAAUACAGGAACACCGUAUGUCUUUGUCGGAGAAGAAGCAUUUCCUCUAAUGCCAAAUUUAAUGCGUCCAUAUCCUAGAGCGAGAGUGACUGGCAAUUAUGAAAACAAGGUUUUUAAUUAUCGAUUAUCCCAAGCAAGACAAACAGUAGAAAGUAGCUUUGGAAUAUUAACAGCAAGAUUUCGUGUGUACAAAAGACCUUUUGAAUGCAAAUUGGACACCAUAGAUAAAGUAGUGUUGGCCACAAUUGUGCUUCAUAAUUAUUUGAGAACUGAUGUUCUUUCAAAUUCCAGUAUACAGGACGAAGAUGAUGAAAUAGCAUACAGCUUUGAUGAAAGUAAUUUUAGUUCAUUAGCACCAAAUCGAAGUAGAAGUUCUAAUGAAGCAUUUUCAAUUCGACAAAACUUCACUGAAUGUUUUAAUUCUAACUACGGAUCUGUUGACUGGCAAAGAAGAGCAGUACAAAGGGGACAGUUUUGA